AUGUCUGAGGUACAGGGAACGGUCGAGUUUUCUGUGGAACUACACAAAUUCCACAAUGUGGAUCUCUUCCAGAGAGGAUACUACCAGAUACGAGCAGGGUUGAAACUUCCAUCCAGGAUUCCCCAUAGACUGGCUGCAACAAUCGUAGAGCAAACAGGUGACUCUAGCCUCGCUUCAGCCUGCGUUCAUGAGAACAACGUGCACAGUAGAAUAUUUCAGAUCUUAUACAGGAACGAAGAGAUUGUUAUCAACGAAUCGAUGAACUUCAGGGUCCACUUACUCCUAGAUGGCGAGAGGGUGGAAGAUGCAUUAAGCGAAGCAGAUUUUCAGCUCAAGUUGGACCUGCACUUUACUGAUAGUGAACAACAGCUGAGAGACAUUCCAGCGAUCCCUGUGAUAAGCAGCCGUACUUUGGGGCUUCACUUCCAUCCAAGAAGAGGCUUGCACCACCAUGUUCCUGUCAUGUUUGACUAUUUCCACCUGUCAGUGAUAUCUGUUACAGUGCAUGCCUCACUGGUAGCGUUACACCAGCCACUGAUCAGCUUUGCUCGUCCAGGAAAAGGGUCGUGGCUGGGUAAAGGCAGCCUGGAGACAGGACCAGACCAGUCCAGUAUGUCAUUGGAGAAUCUAGUGUUCGGAGCUGGCUACUGCAAACCGACUUCAUCUGAGGGAAGCUUUUAUGUCCCUUCUGAAAACUGCAUGCAGCAUGCAUACAAAUGGCAUAAGGACCUGUGUCUGCUGCUCUUGAAUGCAUACAGAGGGCUUCAUGUGUACUACACAGUCAUAAUGAAAGAGAUUCCAGAUUUGCCACAGCUGAAGUUAGCGGAGCUAGCUGUGGAAGAUACGCUAUCUCAACUUUGUACCGAGCUGCAGAUGUUGAACAAUCCAGAGAAGAUAGCAGAGCAGAUAAGCAAGGACCUAGCCUGGCUUUGCUCCCACCUUUUGGCACUAUGGACCCAGUUCCUGGAGACAGUGACACUCCAUCCAGAAGUCACAGCCUAUCUUACUCAGGAGCAUCACACGCUAAGGGUAAGAAGAUUCUCAGAAGCAUUCUUUUAUGCUGAGCACCAAAAGCUAGCUGUGCUGACCUUUCAGGAAAGCCUGAUCCAAAGUCACAGCCAGAUUUCUACGGAUGUUCGGAAUUCCGAGUACCUCACCAGCAUGCCCCCUCUGCCGGCCGAAUGCCUGGACAUUGACGGGGAUGGGAACACAGUCCCUGUGAUUUUUGAAGACCGAUAUGUGGACUUCCCUUACAAAAGUCAAAGUGUGGAUGUUUUCCCAGCUUGUGAGGUUCCUGAGAUGAAUGGUACACAAAUGGACUUAAUAAACAACAAGGAGGCUCUUGCAUCAAAUGAUGACAUUGCAUUAGCAAAGGGAGAUUUCAGGAAAGAUACUCUGUUAAUACAUACAGAUAAAAUAAAUGGGAAUGCCUCCUGUAUCUACAGCGAUAUUUCAGUUGAUGCUUCUAUGGCUAAAGCUUUGACUCAGCACUCCACAUCUCAGGCUUAUACAGUCAAAAAGGAAGUCCAAAGGAAAACGGAUGUAUCCCAUGAAAAUGCAUCAGUUUCAAGUAAGGAAAUUGUUUCUGGCUUGGGACCAGGCCUUUUAAAACACAAAGCCGAAGACUUCCAAACAUCAGUGGAUAUUUCAUUAAAAGACGAUAGACUUGCUAUAGGUGUUACCUGCGUGGAUAUGAAACCUAGCAAUAAGGAUUCCCAUGAAAGUGAACCCACAUUAAUCAUUAGUGCUCUGGGUGACAGCGGAACUAGUGGCCUCUUACACAGCACUGAGUUAAGUAAAGCAGCUAAAACUGAUAAUUAUGAAAAUAGUCUCACUUCAGAUGAACUUGCAUUAAAUGAACUAAACAGUCUUGAAAAACCAGUGGAUCAAGACAACAAGGCUCUGUUACCAGUUUUGAAAGCGUUACCAAUCAGUACUUUGGAUUUAUUAACCCAGACAACAAAAGAUGCCCCGGAGCUGAAGUCAUUUGUGAAGGAGCAAAGAGCCGAGGAAUGCGAAGAGUUUACCUUGAUGUCAGGGGUCAUAAAGAGAUCUUCGUCAAUAAUAUCCGACUCGGGCAUUGAAAGUGAACCCAGUUCGGUGGCUUGGUCCGAUGCGCGUAGCCGGGCUUUGGAGCUGCCCAGUGACCGCGAGAUGCUGCAGCAGCUGGUACGGAGGCACACCAUACACAGAAACUCCCUAGAGGGUGGGCAAACAGAAAGCAAUACAAGCUUGCCCAGUGGGAUCCAAGCAUCGCUGACAUCAAUUAGCUCAUUGCCAUUUGAGGAAGAAGAGCGGGAAGUGGAACUUACAAAGCUGACCAAAUCCGUUUCUGCGCCACAGAUCAGCAGCCCGGAGGAGCCCACAGACACGGUAGAUGUUUCCAAAUGCGAUAAAGCAAUCUUGGAAGUUGCAGAAGGGCCCUUGAAAAGCUACAUGGAAGUGACAUGCAGAAGCAUAGAAAUAGCAGGGAACUUUUCUGACUACCAGACUGCCAGGGAAAGUGAGCGAUCAGAACCAGACAUCGCCACAGGAGCGCAUCCUAGCGCUGCUGUCAAACGAGGUAACAGCAGCGCUGAGCGACCAGAAGAAGUGGAAGUUAAGGAAGGUUUGGAAUAUGCAGGACAACCUGUCAGUCUAAAGCAGCACAGAUGGGAUACCUCUGAAUGCCAGGCAGUGCAGGGAAACGAAGAGUGCAGCUUGGAAACACUGAGUGUCACCACAUACUCGGACCCUAAUAGCGUGCAGUGCGGUGCAUGUAGUGAAGAUCUGAAAGAUGCACUUAAACCUGUACUCGAGGGGUUGAAAAUAGAUCAAGACUUUUAUUCCAGAGCUAGCACACCAGACAUCGAGAAUUUCUCACGUGGCCUGAGCCAGGUACCAGAUUUUUGCUACACUGUUCCAGCCUCAUCGGAGACAUCGACUGAAUUUGGUUCAACGAGAGGAGAGUGUGGUAGCCCCGUCGCCAGUGAAACCAUGAUGUCAUGUGAAGAAAUGCAGGGCUUACAAGAAAUUGAACUCGACGACGCAGCUGCACUGGUGGAUUCUGCUGCAGGACCUUAUUGUGCCCAAUAUCCUCAGGAGCCGGACAGGGUGGAGCGUCGGCUUGUGGCUAACGGCAGCACUGGCUUUCACUCUGUUGCCACAGAGGGAUUGGCACUGGAGAGUCGAAAGGCCGUUGAGGUGGUUAACCUGUCUGUUUCUUGCACAGCCACGUGUCUUCCCUUUUCUUCGGUGCUCAAAGAGACUCCUGCCGUGGUUGGCUUCUCUUCAAAGCAGGCUGCUUUCCCUAUCACACGCCAGCCUUUAGGCUCCUUCAGCGUUGUCCCCUGCAGCUCAGAUGAUGUGGAGGAAGAGGCCAAUGAAAGGAUGCUUAGUUUUUAUCAGGCCAAAGAAAAAUUUAAAAAAGAACUGAAGAUUGAAGGAUUUCUGUACAGUGACUUAUCUGUACUAGCUUCUGAUAUCCCAUAUUUUCCACCAGAGGAAGAGGAAGAAAAUUUGGAAGAUGGAAUUCACCUGGUUGUCUGUGUCCAUGGACUGGAUGGGAACAGCGCAGACCUGCGACUGGUAAAGACUUUUAUAGAACUGGGACUCCCUGGUGGAAAGCUGGACUUCCUAAUGUCUGAAAGAAACCAGACUGAUACUUUUGCUGAUUUUGAUUCGAUGACUGACCGAUUACUGGAUGAAAUUAUUCAACAUAUCCAGUUGUACAACCUCUCCAUCUCCCGGAUAAGUUUCAUUGGUCAUUCCCUUGGUAACGUCAUCAUCCGAUCAGUAUUAACUCGGCCAAGGUUUCGCUAUUACCUCAACAAGUUACACACCUUCCUGUCCCUCUCUGGGCCUCACCUAGGGACCCUUUACAACAACAGUACUUUGGUUAGUACAGGCCUAUGGCUCAUGCAGAAGCUGAAAAAAUCAGGGUCACUUUUGCAGCUGACCUUCAGGGACAACGCAGAUCUGCGCAAAUGUUUCCUGUACCAGCUCAGCCAAAAAACAGGUCUUCAGUACUUUAAAAAUGUUGUGUUGGUGGCAUCUCCCCAGGAUCGAUAUGUCCCAUUCCAUUCAGCAAGGAUAGAAAUGUGCAAAACCGCACUUAAAGACCGGCACACAGGUCCCAUUUACGCAGAGAUGAUAAACAACCUCCUCCAGCCUUUGGUCGGGGCAAAGGACUGCACUUUAAUCAGACACAACGUGUUCCAUGCGCUCCCCAACACUGCCAACACGCUGAUCGGACGGGCUGCCCACAUAGCCGUGCUGGACUCUGAACUUUUCCUGGAGAAGUUUUUCCUCGUGGCAGGACUCAACUACUUCAAAUAG